CUCGAUUCAGUUUUCCGUGCAAUUUGUGAUCGGAGUCAGAUCAAAGAUGUUGCAAAGGGCCAAAGUCAUCGCCCAAGUGGCGCAGCAUGCGGGUAUCAAGCCUGACAUCCUGCAGGAAGCCUUGAAACCGACCGUGACGGCGAUUCAGAGAAGUGUACCAAGCUGGGUGUUCCUUGGCCCGCCCGGCGUUGGGAAGGGGACAUACGCCAGCCGUGUCGCAGACGCUCUCGGCAUUGCACACAUCUCAGCCGGAGACCUAGUCCGGACAGUAAUGAAGGAGCAGACAGAGCUGGGUCGGAAGGUGGCAACAGUAGUGAACGAAGGGAACCUGCUUCCCGACUCGUAUGUUCUCCAGUUGUUGCAGAAGCGAUUGCAAGAGGGCGCCAGGAGAGGGGAGGAGGGCGUCUUGUUAGAUGGCUUCCCUCGCACCCGGGCCCAGGCAGAGUCGCUGCUGACCUUCUCAGAUGUGCAGCUGGCGCUCAAUCUGUCCCUCAGAGAAGAUGUGCUUAUAGCCAAGUGUUUGGCGCGGCGGAAUUGCAAAGAGUGCGGCAAGAACUUCAAUGUUGCAGACAUUGACUUGCCGGCGUCCCCGACUGCCCCAGCCAUAAAGAUGCCACCCCUCAUGCCCCCAUCCGGCUGCAUGGCCUACUUGGAACGCCGUUCUGACGACAACUUCACCACAGUGAAGCGACGGUUAGAGGUGUACCAUUCAGAGGCAAAGCCAGUGGAGGAGGUAUUCAGGCAAGCGGGUGUGCUCAAGGAUUUCCACAUCACUGGCGGCAUCUCUGAGACCUUUCCCAGGCUGCUGGCAGCCCUUCAAGCGCGCGGCUCCAUCACAGAAGAGAAGCAGGCUGCAUAG